AUGAAGCUCAAAAAUGCAAUUUUCGGUGGAAUUACGGUGGUAAUGUUUUUAAUGAUUAUUGAUACAGAAUGUUACAACCCGUCAACUGCCCUCGAAAUGAUCCAUCAGAACCUUUGUGUUUGCCCGUGUGGAAAUCGCAAAGGAGGAAAGCUUUAUACUGUUCCUAGUGUGCGUCUUAAUUGGUACGAUGCUAUGGCACACUGUAAUUCAAUCGGCAUGUCGCUUGCUACGAUAAAGGAUGCAAAUGAUCGACAAUUGUUGCAGCUGUAUUUGCAGUCAAACAAAUACAACUUACGGUCACAUCAAAUCAAAAGUGCAAAUCAGGUACCGUAUUGGAUUGCAGCCAAUAAUCUUGCUGCCGAUAGUGGUCUUCGGUGGGGUCUCAGCAAUCAAGAAGUAAAAACAUCUGAAUGGAAAUUAGGAUCAGCACCGCGCAAUGAUCGAUCCGAACGGAUCUGCGUUUACAUACUGGGUGACACUAUGCAAUGGGUUCCAGCUCUUUGCGAUGGUGAACCGCGGCAAUUUAUUUGUGAAUAUUAG